GGCGGGGUUAGGGUAGGGACUGAUAGGGUGUGACUGAAGAACCCAGGCUUUGAAAACCUGCUUAAGGAAGGAAGCAAAGCUCUGACGCCGCGGGAGACUUCAAUGACAAUUGUCGGAGGAGUGUCACAGAGAGUGGACUAAGGAGGAUGACUUAUUGCUUAGUGUUGGAAGAGUCGGAUGCAAAGCAUAAAGAACCUGGGGGUGUGUCUCACGAUGAGAUAACAGCCAAUGAAAAGCAGUCAUGGGCGUGGCGCUGUCAAACUUCGGAGGGCGGGACUGAAGAGACAGCCAGGGGCGGAGCUCAAGGCAAAGCCAAUGAAAAGCAUCCAGGUGGGCGGGACGUUGCCCUAAGGCCAAGGGUAGGGCCAAUGAGAAGCGGCGCUGCGACUCCGCUCUCCCCCGCCCCCGUGGGGCGCGCUCUGGUGCCUCGGGCAGCCGUUAGGGGCGGGGCUACAGCCGCCAGAGCGCGGCUCGCGCCCUCCCCUUUGUGUCGCCAUGGCGGCGGCGGCUGUAGUGGCGGCGGUGGCGACGGUGCCGAGGACUACGAACGAAGGGUCGAACACGGCCGGGGCCUGAGGAGGCUACGCGACCAUGGUGGCCCCAUGCUCCAGACACAGAGAGAGUCAGAUCCCAUCCUGCCUUGGGGAGCUCCAUGGGCUGGCGGGGGACAGACCCUGAGGGCCCGAAGCACUGACAGCCUGGAUGGCCCAGGGGAGGGCUCAGUGCAGCCUGUUCCCCCUACUGGGGCGCCCAGUGUGAAGGGGAAGCCUGGGAAGAGGCUCUCGGCUCCUCGAGGUCCCUUCCCCCGGCUGGCUGACUGUGCCCAUUUCCACUAUGAGAACGUUGACUUUGGCCAUAUUCAGCUCCUGCUGUCUCCAGAGCGUGAAGGCCCCAGCCUCUCUGGAGAGAAUGAGCUGGUAUUUGGGGUGCAAGUGACCUGUCAGGGCCGUUCUUGGCCAGUUCUUCGUAGUUAUGAUGACUUCCGUUCCCUGGAUGCCCACCUGCACCGGUGCAUAUUUGACCGGAGGUUUUCCUGCCUUCCAGAGCUCCCUCCACCCCCAGAGGGUGCCAGGGCUGCCCAGAUGCUGGUACCACUGCUGCUGCAGUACUUGGAGACCCUGUCUGGACUGGUGGAUAGUAACCUCAACUGUGGGCCUGUGCUCACCUGGAUGGAGCUGGACAAUCAUGGCCGGCGACUGCUCCUCAGUGAGGAGGCCUCGCUCAAUAUCCCUGCAGUGGCUGCUGCUCAUGUGGUCAAACGGUACACAGCCCAGGCGCCAGAUGAACUUUCCUUUGAGGUGGGAGACAUUGUCUCAGUUAUCGACAUGCCACCCACAGAGGAUCGGAGCUGGUGGCGGGGCAAGCGGGGCUUCCAGGUUGGUUUCUUCCCCAGUGAGUGUGUGGAACUCUUCACAGAGAGGCCAGGUCCUGGCCUAAAGGCAGAUGCUGACGGUCCCCUGUGUGGCAUCCCAACUCCCCAAGGUAGCUCUUCUCUGACCUCAGCUGUGCCCAGGCCACGUGGAAAGCUGGCUGGUCUCCUCCGAACCUUCAUGCGCUCCCGCCCUUCUCGGCAGCGGCUGCGGCAGCGGGGAAUUCUGCGGCAGAGGGUGUUUGGCUGUGACCUUGGAGAGCAUCUCAGCAACUCAGGCCAGGAUGUGCCCCAGGUGCUGCGCUGCUGCUCUGAGUUUAUUGAGGCCCAUGGGGUGGUAGAUGGAAUCUACCGGCUCUCAGGCGUGUCCUCCAACAUCCAGAGGCUGCGGCAUGAAUUUGAUAGCGAGAGGAUUCCUGAACUGUCUGGCCCUGCCUUCCUGCAGGACAUCCAUAGUGUGUCCUCCCUUUGCAAGCUCUACUUCCGAGAGCUGCCAAACCCCCUGCUCACCUACCAGCUCUAUGGGAAGUUCAGUGAGGCCAUGUCAGUCCUGGGAGAGGAAGAACGCCUGGUGCGAGUCCAUGAUGUCAUCCAGCAGCUGCCCCCACCACACUACAGGACUCUGGAAUACCUGCUGAGGCACUUGGCCCGCAUGGCAAGACACAGUGCCAAUACCAGCAUGCAUGCCCGCAACCUGGCCAUUGUCUGGGCACCCAACCUGUUACGGUCCAUGGAGCUGGAGUCAGUGGGGCUGGGUGGGGCGGCAGCCUUCCGAGAGGUUCGUGUGCAGUCAGUGGUGGUGGAAUUCCUGCUCACACACGUGGAGGUCCUGUUCAGUGACACCUUCACCUCUGCUGGCCUUGACCCUGCAGGCCGCUGCCUUCUCCCCAGGCCCAAGUCUCUUGCCGGCAGCGGCCCCUCUACUCGCCUGCUGACACUGGAAGAAGCCCAGGCUCGUACCCAGGGCCGGCUGGGGACACCCACUGAGCCCACAGCUCUCAAGGCUGCAGCCUCGCCUGUGGAAAGGAGGAAAAGGGAAAGAGGGGAGAAACAGCGGAAGCCAGGGGGAAGCAGCUGGAAGACCUUCUUUGCUCUUGGCCGGGGCCCCAGUAUCCCCCGGAAGAAGCCUCUACCCUGGCUGGGGGGCUCCCGAGCACCACCACAGCCUUCAGGCAACCGACCUGACACAGUCACACUGAGAUCUGCCAAGAGCGAAGAGUCUCUAUCAUCACAAGCCAGUGGAGCUGGCCUCCAGAGGCUACACAGGCUCCGGCGACCCCACUCCAGCAGCGAUGCUUUCCCCGUGGGCCCAGCACCUGCUGGCUCCUGCGAGAGCCUGUCUUCCUCCUCCUCUUCUUCCUCGUCCUCAACCUCCUCUUCAUCGUCAUCAUCUGAGUCCUCAGCAGCUGGGCUGGGGCAACUCUCUGGGUCCCCCUCACACCGCACCUCAGCCUGGCUAGAUGAUGGUGAUGAACUGGACUUCAGCCCACCCCGCUGCCUGGAGGGACUCCGGGGCCUUGACUUUGAUCCCCUUACCUUUCGCUGCAGCAGCCCCACCCCAGGGGACCCUGCACCUCCUGCAAGCCCAGCACCCCCAGCCCCUGCCUCUGCCUUCCCACCCAGGGCAACCCCGAAGGCUCCCUCACCCCGAGGACCCACCAGCCCUGCUUCGUCCACUGCCCUGGACAUCUCAGAGCCCCUGGCUGUGUCUGUGCCACCUGCUGUCCUAGAACUGCUGGGGGCUGGAGGGACACCUGCCUCUGUCACUCCAACACCGGCUCUCAGCCCUGGCCCCGGCCUGCGUCCCCAUCUCAUCCCCCUGCUGCUGCAUGGAUCUGAGGCCCAGCUGAGUGACACCUGCCAACAAGAGAUGGGCAGCAAGCUGGCACUGCCUGGCCCUGGGGGAACCCAAGGCCAGCAUGUCGAGUCCUGCUCAGCCCACCCCACACUCUCACAGACCCUGAAGUUGCCCCAGGACCCACCAGAUCCUCUUCCUGUUCCUUUCUGUGUAGGUCCUGGUAUGGAUUCACCGUUGCUGCCCCCACCCCUGUCCCUUCUACGCCCUGGUGGGGCCCCACCCCCACCCCCCAAGAACCCAGCACGCCUCAUGGCCCUGGCCCUGGCUGAGCGGGCUCAGCAAGUGGCCGAGCGACAGAGCCAGCAGGAGCAUGCAAGCGCCUCAGCUACUCCGCACUCCCCUUUCCGCCGCUCACUGUCCCUGGAGGUGGGUGGGGAACCCGUGGUCACUUCAGGGAGUGGGCCACCCCCUCACUCCCUAGCUCACCCUGGUGCCUGGGCCCCGGGACCCCCAUCCUACCUACCAAGGCAACAAAGUGAUGGGAGCCUGGUGAGGAGCCAGCGGCCUGUGGGGACCUCAAGGAGGGGACUCAGAGGCCCUGCCCAGGUCAGUGCCCAGCUUAGGGCUGGUGGGGGCUGCAGGGAUGCCCCAGAAAUGGCAGCCCAGUCCCCAUGUUCUGUCCCCUCACAGGUUCCUACCCCUGGCGUCUUCUCCCAAGCCCCCCGGGAGUGCCUGCCACCCUUCCUUGGAGUCCCCAAACCAGGCUUGUACCCUCUCGGCCCCCCAUCCUUUCAGCCCAGCUCCCCAGCCCAAAUCUGGAGGAAUUCCCUGGGCCCCCCUGCACCUCUUGACAGGGGCGAGAACCUGUAUUAUGAGAUUGGGACAAGUGAGGGUUCCCCCUACUCUGGCCCCACUCGGUCCUGGAGUCCCUUUCGCUCCAUGCCCCCUGAUAGGCUCAAUGCCUCAUAUGGCAUGCUUGGCCAGUCACCACCACUUCACAGGUCUCCUGACUUCCUGCUCGGCUACCCACCACCCCCCUCCUGCUUUCCGCCUGACCAUCUUGGCUAUUCAGCCCCGCAGCACCCUGCCCGGCGCCCUACACGGCCUGAGCCCCUCUAUGUCAACCUAGCCCUAGGGCCCAGGGAUCCCUCACCUGCCUCUUCCUGCUCCUCUUCCCCUCCUGCCCAUCCCAGAAGUCGUUCAGAUCCUGGUCCCCCGGCUCCCCGUCUCCCCCAGAAGCAGCGGGUACCCUGGGGCUCCCAUACCCCUCACAGGGUACCAAGACCGUGGGGCCCCCCUGACCCUCUCUUGCUCUACAGGGGAUCCCCACCAGCCUAUGGGAGGGGGGGUGAGCAUUACCGAGGGUCUUUGUACAGAAAUGGGGGUCAGAGGGGGGAGGGGGCUGGUCCCCCACCUCCUUACCCCACUCCCAGUUGGUCCCUCUACUCUGAGGGCCAGACCCGAAGCUACUGUUGAGCUGGAGCUGAGAAGGGCAUUCUUCCCUUCCUUUUGUCCUCACUGGAUCUUGGCCUGACCCCAUCUCUUGUUUUGUAUUUUCUUGAGUCCCCAACCCCUCCUCCAGGUUUCUAACUUUGUAACUUGCUUCUGUUCCCUAAUCUAAAAUCAUAAUGUCCCUUCCCUUGGCUAAAGGGUAUGCCCACCCCUCUACUGUCCUUCCUGGGGGCCCUUGCACAAAUCUAAGGGAGGACUAGGCUGAUGCCCUGUCCUUCCUCUCCCUCUAGAGGCACCCAGCCUGUCCUGACCUGUGCACAGGGGGUGGGAGAACAGCUCCUACCCAUCUCUCGCCAUGUACCCCGCUAAACCAUCUGACAAAUUAAUGAAUAAAAAUGGUGAAAAUGUG